CGCAUGGGCCUGACCGUGUGUUCCGUGUUCGUGGUCUCCAUCGGACCGUGGGUUUACAUGGGCAAAUUGCCAAGCCUCCUGAGUCGUCUGUUUCCUUUCCAUCGUGGACUGUGUCACGCCUAUUGGGCCCCCAAUUUUUGGGCGUUGUACAACACUUUGGACAAGGUUUUGGACCUGUCAGGCAAAUUCCCGGAAUAUUGCAUAGACAAGACAACAGCGGCUGCCGGGGGAAAUUUCGUUAACAUGACGAGCGGACUGACCGGUGACUACGUCCACGCAUGCCUGCCAACCAUACGACCGCUACACACGGCAGUACUCACCCUUUUCUUUGUCCUGCCCAGUCUUCUAAUUUGCAAGCGCUGCACCAAUCCAACUGACGAAGAAAACCCACAGGUUUUGGGCUGUAUCCUCCUGCGGGCUGUAGUAGCUGCAGCCUGGGCCGCCUUCCUUUUCAGUUGGCACGUCCAUGAAAAGGCCAUUCUGACGGUGACUCUUCCUCUGCUACUUCUUGCCGUCGUCUCACGUAAAAUCCGUGGCCUCGCCUUCUAUGUGACCACGCUGGCUCAUUUUAGUCUACUCCCGCUCAUUUUUACACCUGCCGGUAAGUUCAAACAAGCUCCUGCUCUCUUUGAUACUGCAUCGGACUGCAGAAGUGCGUGUCUGUAUCAGCUUGUUUGUCAGCUGCGGUCUUAG